AUGCACGGAAACCACUCUCCCCCGCGGACGCCGCCGUCGGGGGCCAACAACCACAAACCGACCAAGAGAGGGCGUCACCCACGUCCUUCGGUGCGCGAGACUUUCUUGGACGAUUUCAACCCGGCGGACAACGCCAACAGCAGCAAUGAGUCCGCCGACGAGCGGGAUCCGCAUGACCUGUCCUUGUCGCCGAAGCAUGCAGCCCGGACCUCCAUCGUCGACAACAUGCUUCUCUCUCUAGACCAGUUUGCGUCGGGCUCCUCUGUCCUGGACGAUUACCGGUUGUUCAAUUCCGUUUUCGACUCCGACACCUACGGCCGCAAUUCGCCGGAUUCCAUGCCCCAACGUCGCUACCGAGGCCAUACGGUUUCCUCCUCCCUCUCAUCCGACGUCGAAUACCCCUACGACGAAUCCGCUGCUCGCGGAGCUCAGGCGGGAAGAGGCCGUCGGAGCACCAGCAGCUCCAACUACCACUCUAGUUUGAAGAGAUUCGGAAGUGCUCGCAGCAGAGACGGCCCCGGGUCGCGCGGGCAACAAUAUGAUUAUCGAGUCAAUUCCAGUGGCCCGGCCUCUGGCGCGCGCACAGGACGACAAAGCAGCAAAGGCAGCUCUCCUCCCCCGGAUUUCGGGCCCGCUCUUGCCAAAUACCCGGCGGAUUCCCUGACCGAGAGGCGGUCCGCCAGUUUCGACUUUGGCUCGAGGACCCCGUUCAUCCCUUUUGCAGAUGUCCCGGCAGAGUAUGACUCGUCGGCCUACGACGGACUGGAUGCUGCUCCCACCCCGAGCGUUCCCGCGGGCCCGCGCAAGUACCAGACGUCGUCUUCACAGGGCGAUCACUCCGGGACUCUGAAUCCCCAGUCCUCACGCACCCCGGUGGCAUCGCGACGAAACAGCGUGAAAUCAUCCCGAAAGAACCACCGACCGGAACACCUUGGCCCCGCGACUCUCAGGGGCCGCGACACUGACCUGACCAAUCUCGGCGAUUCAGGUCUGGAACCUCCGCCCGCCAUCCCGGCAUCUCUCGACCCGCCGGCCCCGAGCCCUACGAUAUCCUUCAACAAACCUUCUUUCCCCCCUCCACCCGAUCCGACCCCCGUGAAGGAGCGCCCGGGAUUCUUUCGCCGUGUCUUUGGGUCGUCGAAGGCCUCCUCUCCCGGACCGUUCGAGACUGGCCAGGCCGAUGCCCAGUUUCUCCAGGAAAACGACUCCAAGGAGAGCCAUGGCCUGGGCACCAAUUCUCGGAUGCGCAGACAACCCUUGAAAAACACCGCCGGGGCCGCCAACACGGGGCGAGAAGGGGCCCAUCAGGUGGUGAACAAGAAAUCGUCAUUCUUCCGACGGCGGAAGAAGUCUAUCGUCGACAGUGCCCCACCGCCCGUUGUCCCGACCCCGGACUUUGGGCCGAGAGCAGCGGAAACGAAUGCCGCUGGUCCACCGAUGGACAAAACGAUCGACUUCCCCACCCCAGGCGUUGGUGGUCCGCAAGCCCCCGAGGACAGGGGGACUCGAAAUGGACCGGCCCAAAAGCCCACCGCACCAGCCGCCGGGAUCUCGAAGUCCAAGUAUAGCCUCUAUCCUGCGAUCUCGUCUGCUUCCGCGCCUGAUCCUUCGCCGUUGGGGAGCCCCGACGGGGUCGAGGAUGUUCGCGUCAAAUCCCCUGGUUCAGACGCCGUGUCCUCGCCGGAGAAUAAACAAGAGCCGCCAGUGGCCAGAGAAGACGUACGGUCUCGCGACAGUGCCCCCGAACGAGCCGACGUCGAUCGAGCCCGCGAUGCUCUGCAGAACAUGCUGAUUCCCCCGGAGAACGUUGCUCCUUCGUCACUCUCUCCCGUAAUUGAAAACUUCUCGCAGAAAAGCGCGUCGCCAACCGAGGGCCCUGGUGAAUUACAUCCGCUGGGCCCAGGAGAACCGGCUGAGGGUAAGGACGCCUCGGACUCGGCUGCAUAUGAAGAUAAACAGGAAUACUUCGGCAGAUUGCCAAAGCCGACGUUGGACACUAGCGGAUCUCCUGCAGCCUCCACCUCGGAGGUCUCGAAUUACCACACAGCGUCUAACACCCCCAUAGUCCCGUCAGCGGAUCACAAAUUCGCCGAGGCAGGCGAAAAGAAGGCCGAAUCCGGCGAAAUUGCCGUUGAAGAGUCACCCCCAUCGGACAGGGAACAAGCGCAAAAGCUCUACGACAAUCAGGACCAGGUUGCAGGCCGCGAGCCCCCCGCGGCGUGGCUGGGUGACCCGGACCGCUCUGCGAUUCGAAAAGCGUACAUGGAACUUUUCGACUGGUCGAACAUGAAUAUCUUGGCCGCCCUUCGAAGUCUCUGCAAUCGGUUGGUGCUGAAAGGCGAGACGCAGCAGGUUGAUCGGGUUCUGGACGCUUUUUCCGCUCGAUGGUGCCAAUGCAAUCCCAACCAUGGCUUCAAAGCUGCCGACGUUGUGCACACUAUUUGCUACUCCCUGCUUCUAUUGAACACUGACCUGCAUCUUGCCGACAUAGAGCAGAAGAUGACGAAAAACCAGUUUGUUCGAAAUACCAUGCCGACCAUUCACCGAGUGGCUGUCGAUGCCGCUCCCGAAGGCUUCGAGGGCCUGCGGUCAGGCAACAAAUCCAAAAACCCGACUCAAGAGACCUCGCACGCUGCGAAUGAUGAGAGCGGAAAAUCCACGAACCCGCCUGCGAAACUCGUGAAUCGACUAUCUCGAACCGAUCUCUCCGUGAAACUAGCGGGCGAUCCUGAGAGUGACAGUGGCCCGUUAGUCAAUGUGCCGUUCAAUGGGACCAUGAGAGCCUGGGAACAGCAGCUUGAGACCGUCCUUCGGGACUUUUACUCUUCCAUUCAGAAGCAAAGGCUUCCUCUGCAUGGGGCCCAACCCGAGAAGGAAGGACCGCGUGGUUCGUCAAAUAAUCUGCUGGGCCCCAAUCCGGGCGGCCUUCGCCGAAGCCCCAGCACUGUCAGCAAAAGCGGCUCCGAUAUCUACCCUCGCGGUCGCUCGGCAGACUCCCGGUAUGGCACGGCCCGCUGGUCCUCCAAGCCUCGUUCGCGAGCAAGGUUAUAUCCUCCUUCAGCUAUGGGCUCGAGCCGGACCAGCCUGGACGACCAGUCGUCUCUCUGGAGCCCAUCCGCUUCCAGCACCUGGAGCAAGUAUUCUUUGGGCAAGCUGACCUCGGCGUCCGUCGACUCGUUUGGGUCAGACUACAUGCGGGGGGAUUAUCAGCAGUCGAUUGGUUUCGCCAAUGCGCUGAGUCAAGCCAUCAUUCGGGAGGAUUAUGCUCAUUCGAUCGCGAGCUCGGAGGAUCCCGAACGAACCAUGCCGCUUCUAGAGGAUGAGACCUUGCAACUGGCCGGUGCACCGUGGGCCAAAGAAGGAAGCUUAAAACAUAAACACCACCUCGAUUCCGUUGACAAGAGAUCGAAGGAUCGCAACUGGAAUGAGUGUUUUGCCGUUAUCCAGCAAGGAUGGAUGCGCCUCUUCUCUUUCAAUUCGUCCGCAAAAUCCGGGCGACAAAAGGCGAAACAGCGUCAGCCUGGCGGCGUGGUGGUAGGAGGAGGAAAUUGGACCGAGAACGCAGAAGAGAUCUGGAAGUUUGUACUGCGCCAGACCAUUGCAAGCGCACUUCCGCCUCCGGGAUACUCCAAGUCCCGUCCGCAUGUUUGGGCGCUGAGCCUGCCCACCGGUGCGGUGCAUCUCUUCCAGGCCGGGACUCCGGAGAUCGUGCGCGAGUUUGUGUCGAGUGCCAAUUAUUGGAGCGCAAGACUCUCCAAGGAGCCGUUGAUCGGAGGAAUCAGUAAUAUUGAGUAUGGCUGGAGUGAUGCCGUCAUCAACAGUGCCUUGAUAUCGCCCGAGAGCAGCCGGACGCCGCCGUCCUCGUCUGGAGCACGCCCGAGCAUCCAAAGUUCGAUCCGCAGCUCUCUUGAUCAGCAGGGAGGGGUUCGACCCAAACUCCCGGCAGAUCGCGUGCAUAUCAGCGACUGGGCCCCGCCGCAGCAGAGUAUGAUGGCCUCCGUCCUUCCAGAAAACGAGCAGUUGGCUGCCUUGCGGGCGUACGUCAAGAAUGUGGAGGAUGAACUGCAGGGACACAAUGAGCUCCGACCCGCGAUGGUUCUGGCCUUUUCGCCUCGACAUCCCAAUGCGUCCAAGGCGAUGACCAACUGGGAGCGCAAAUCGUCUUAUUUGCUCCGAGAGAUUGUCAAGUUUCGCACUUACAUCGACUCCCUCCAGGCUGGUAUUGACCAGAAGAACAAAAUCCACGCAACUCGGGAGGGUGAAGAAAACACUCCAGACAACCCUCCCGAUGACCCUCCCGCGCAAGAAUCAUGAUACAAUAUCUAUAACUGUGUUUUUCUUUUCUCAUGGCAUCGUGUCAUGUCAUUUUCUAUGUGCAUCCCUCCACCCCAGCCUUUUCUUUUCUUUCUCUUUAGAUUUCUGUGUACAGCUUCAUUAAUAGUCGGUGCGACUCUUUGACUCUAUUCUAUUAUACUUUCUUUUCCCUUUCUUUUUCGCUGUUCUUUCUUUCUCCCAUCUUUUUUUGUCUAGUAUGAUAGGACUAUUGACACCACCCUUUGAGCAGCUGUAACGAGAAGUGAUGGGCGUUAUGAAUAUUUUCCUUUGUGGACUGGAUAUAGUCGAUGUGAAUCUACCUGAAAAAUUCGAGUUUACUCUCCUUCUAGCACGUAGCAUCUCAACAAGGUGUUGAGUGAUGAUGUCGCAG